AUGGCCCACCCGGGUCAGUGCAAGGACGAGGCAUCGGGACUUGAGAAGGUGGUUCUCCGACAGGCUGGCGGCGCGACAGCGGAGGUGUUUUUCCAUGGCGGGCACGUCACCUCGUGGAAGCACGACGGCAAGGAGGAGAACCUCUUUAUGAGCAGCAAGGCCAUCUUCAAGCCACCCAAGGCGAUCCGAGGCGGCAUCCCAGUGUGCUUCCCUCAGUUCGGCCCGAUGGGACCGUUGGAUCAGCACGGCUAUGCCAGGAAUAGAUCCUGGUCGUUGGAUCCCGCAUCUCCCAACACGGACCCCGCCUCCCUUGAUCUGCUCCUCACGCCCUCCCCUGAAGACCUGCGCAUCUGGCCGCACAGCUUUGAGCUUCGAAUGAAGGUGGCGCUGGGAAGAGGAGGCGAGCUGCUGUCAUCCAUGCGUGUGCUCAACACUGACAGCAAGGCACUCUCCUUCACCUGCGCCCUGCACACAUACUUCCGCGUUUCAGACAUAAGCGAGGUGCGCAUAGAAGGGUUGGAGACGUUGGAUUAUUUCGACAACCUGGAUGCUCUCAAGAGAGUCACGGACCAAGGGGACUCGAUCACAUUCGACUCGGAGUUUGACAGAAUAUACUUGAAUACUCCUGCAAAGGUUGCUAUAGUGGAUCACGCAAUAAAGAAGACAUACCUCGUCAAGAAGGACGGGUUCCUUGAUGCAGUGGUAUGGAAUCCGUGGGAGAAGAAGGCAAGGGCCAUGAGCGACAUGGGAGAGGGAGAGUACAAGCGAUUCGUGUGUGUGGAGGCAGCAGCAAUCGAGAAGCCGGUGCAGCUGAAGCCGGGGGAGGAGUGGCGAGCCGGUCAAGAGCUGUCAGUGGUGCCUUCGUCGUACCACAGUGGACAGUUGGACCCUACCGUGGUUACAAGGGGUUAUUAG